GUGAAAAGUCAGCUGACAUGCUCUGGGUCUGAGACUUCACUGAUAUUAGAAUGUCUGCCCUUUCUUCUGAAGAGCCGGUGAAUGAGGUAAAAACGGAGGGAAACCGCGCGAUCCGCCUCUCAAACGUAAGUGUUGUCAUUUUUUGGUUGCCGCCAAGCCGAUAUUGCACCAAUAUUUGUUGAUCGAUACAAGCUCUCAAGCGGGAAGUACAAAAGGUAAGUUUCCCUGAGCGAUGCUAAAUUCGGCAGCCUCUACAUUAGUGGACUCUGAUCUUGCAAGAACAGGUGAAAGAGAAACAAUUGGUCGAAACAUAACUUCACUGUACGGGAAUGCGAAGAACAAUACAGAAACCCUGAAGGAACAAUUGGAAACUUUCACCAUUAAAAACAAAGAUGUGUUGAGGGAUCACAGAGAUAAAAUGACAAGCCGAACUUCGACCGUAGAAGAAAACGGACAUGUCAAGCAGUCUCGAGAUGUCGGAAAUGUCUCCGAACAAAAGAUAAUGAGUCCAAAAACAGAAAGAGGAAGAAGACUCUUACCAGCAACUCCAAAGUCACUUUAUUUAUCCCAGAGUCCAGUGACUCCGUCGAUUAAUUAUUCAGCUGAAAUUGUGACAUUAAAAUCCAAACGACUGAGUACGUCCUCAUCACGAAGCAGUAAUACUUCUUUAUCUUCGGAAGAUGACCUCGGUAGAUCGAAAAUCAAACAAACCCACAUUGCGCUUUAUAAGUUCGUGGCCCGACACGACGACGAAGUUAGCUUGGAAACUGGAGAUGCGGUUCAUGUGAACAAGAAGGAUGAAGAUCUGUGGUUCGUAGGGAUUAAUUUGCGGACCGGCGAAUCAGGAAUUUUCCCAUCUCGCUACGUCUCUGAUAUUUUGCGAGAAAGCGACGUUCAAGACAAUUCCAAAAGAGGUACACAAGUGAAUCAGUUCAGUGUCAGAUUUCUCGGAUCAGUUGAAGUGAGUGGCUUCAAGGGAAAUGAUAUCAUAUGUGAUGCUAUGAGAGAGAUUGUAAAACAGCAUCAACUGACAUCAGUUACCAAACCCCCAGCAUGUUUACUGGAUGUCAGUGAGAGAGGAAUCAGAAUUACUGAACAUCCUCAAGGUCCAUUAGGAGGGAAGGACUCUGCAUCUAAUAAGAAAUCAAGCAGACGUAAACUAGGAAAACUUUUUGACAGGGAUGGAAAGGAAACUUUAACGCAAUCUCACUAUUUUGCAUUAAAGAAUGUAACGUUUUGUGGUUGUCAUCCACAAAAUGCCAGAUUCUUCGCCUUUAUCACGAAACAUCCUGAAGAUCACCGAUUUGCGUGUCACGUGUUUAUGUCGGAAUACUCGACCGAGCCAGUAGCAAAUGCUGUAGGGCUUGCCUUCAAGAAGUUUUAUGCUGAAUUUCUCGACUAUCAAGCUCCUAUAGAAGAUUUCUAUAUCGAGUGACGUCGAAAUUUGUCCCUGUUUUUGGUUUGUUGUACCCCAAAACUAUUGUAAUUCAUUGCAAUUUAAAAUAUACUUCCAGAUAAUUUGAUUUUGAAACAUCAACAAGGAAUUAUUUAAUAGAUAGGUUAAACCUAAAUUUGGUGAUAUGAAAGGUAUUCUCCCUUUCGUGUUGCAAGCGGGAACAAUCCGCGUAAAUAUUCAUUCAAUUUUUAAAUGGUGAUAUUAAUAAUAUUGUAAUUUUGAAGAAAAACAGUAUAUACUACAGAUUGGUAGCCAUAAGAAUCCUUGAAAUGUGGUGCAGUGCAGUCCUGAUACAAUACUCACCUUCCAAGUGAGCAUCCUGAACGUGUUUCGUUCCCAGUUCUAUCGCAAGAAUUUCUCUCUUUCAGUUUGGAGCUGAAAUCGUUGGCCAAACUCUUUCCUACUAAGAAUUAGAUACUGAAGGAAACAAUAUACGCGGAGCUUAUUUGGAAACUAAGUUACAAAAUGUAACAUUAGAGAAUGUUGUGUUCAAAGAAUGAGUAGAUAAUAUCAGGUCUGCACUGCGCGCAAAUAUUUUUAAAGAGUAACUAUAAUGCUCUACACCUGUUCAUUUAUUAUGCAUAUUAGAUGAAUUUUGUAACCUACUGAACAAAAAGCUCGAUACCAUUAAGCUUUAGAAGCAACCCUUAAUUUUAGUACUUAGAUGAUAUAGAGUUAAGUAUAUAGUUUUAAUAUAUAGAUUAAUUUGAGUAAAAAAUUUGUGUUGAAACACAUCCGAAACCGUGCCAUUACGGUCAGUAACGUGGUCAUUACUUUUGACUUAAAAAACCUUAUAAUUCAUAUGCAGACGCAAUAAACUUUGACUGAAAUCUUUACGAGAUUGGAAAAAGAUAAACUUAAUUAAAAGACUGGACCGCCUCUUCAACAAAGGAGUCGGAGAAUAGAUCUGUUAUAUAGUACCUUGCUUGAAAGGAGACCCUUUAAAUUGGCGCCGAGUCAGACCCCUCAAGCCCUCACUAUAUAAGUCAGAAAAAUUUAACCAACACAGAAGAAAUGACCCUUAAUUUGGCCGUUAUUCGAAGUCUCCACUAGUCAGGUAUUGUUAAAAGUAACCAUUUAAAAUGAAUUUCAAACAUAGUCUUUGGCUUAGGUUGACAGUCAUUGAACCCACAUUCUUUUGAGCGUCUGUAAAUGAGCACAUUUUCAAACCAUCGUUUCUAUAUAAUUGGAGUUGUAUUGCCUUAAAUUUCCAAUACUCUCCACUUGAACUAUGAAAGUCGUCGUAGUAGGAAUUAUCUUCCCUUGUGAUAAAUGUUAACUUUUGAUUUCCAAAUUAAACAAAGCAUCAUUUAUUGCAUGGGGUUUACGUGG